GCGGAGCGGUCCCCGCCGCCCGCGCCACCGCCCGCUCCGCCCGUGCACUGCGCCAGACCGUGCUGCCGAGACGCGACUGUCGGAGAUAGCAGCGAACAGCGACGGAGGCAGGAGGCGAGCGGCGCGGGCGCUGCGGGCGCGCGGCACAAGACGGCUCCGCAGGCCUCUACGACGACGGCCCACAGCAAGCAGCUGGCGGCGGGCGGGGCCAACCACCCGCCCCAGCCGCAAGGUAACCACAAACGAUCCGGCUGCGGGGGCGAUGGCGACUACCAGCUGGUCCAGCACGAGGUGCUCUACUCCUCGUCCAAUAGGUACGAGGUGUUGGAGUUCCUCGGGCGAGGCACAUUCGGGCAGGUGGUGAAGUGCUGGAAGAAAGGCACUAAUGAAAUAGUCGCCAUCAAGAUCCUUAAGAACCACCCCAGCUAUGCUCGUCAAGGGCAAAUUGAGGUGUCCAUCCUUUCCCGCUUGUCUCAAGAGUCGGCGGACGAGUUCAAUUUCGUGCGCGCGUACGAGUGCUUCCAGCAUCGGUCGCACACGUGUCUCGUGUUCGAGAUGCUCGAGCAGAACCUUUACGACUUCCUGAAGCAGAAUAAGUUCUCACCACUGCCUCUCAAGUACAUCAGACCGAUACUGCAGCAGGUGCUCACCGCGCUCCUGAAACUAAAGCAAUUGGGUUUGAUCCACGCGGAUCUGAAACCAGAGAACAUAAUGCUGGUGGAGCCGGCGCGGCAACCGUACAGGGUGAAGGUGAUAGACUUCGGCAGUGCAUCGCACGUCAGCAAGGCCGUCUGUAACACAUACCUACAGAGCAGAUACUACAGGGCGCCGGAGAUAAUCCUGGGCCUCGCGUUCUGCGAAGCUAUAGACAUGUGGUCGCUGGGCUGCGUGGUAGCUGAGCUGUUCCUGGGCUGGCCUUUGUACCCGGGCUCAUCCGAGUACGACCAGAUCCGGUACAUCUCUCAGACCCAGGGGCUGCCCACAGAGCACAUGCUCAACAGCGCAAGUAAAACGGCUAAGUUCUUCUACCGCGAUGUAGAUAGCACAUAUCCGUUCUGGCGUUUGAAGACGCCCGAGGAACACGAGCUCGAGACCGGCAUCAAGAGUAAGGAGGCGAGGAAGUACAUCUUCAAUUGCCUCGACGACAUCGGACAGGUUAAUGUACCAACGGAUCUUGAAGGUGGCCAGUUGUUAGCAGAGAAAGCGGACAGAAGGGAAUUUAUUGAUCUACUAAAGAGGAUGCUUACAAUGGACCAGGAAAGAAGAAUCACUCCAGGCGAGGCUUUGAACCACGCUUUUGUGACACUCGCGCACUUGGUCGACUAUGCACAUUGCAACAACGUCAAAGCUUCCGUCCAAAUGAUGGAGGUUUGCCGUCGUUCUGGCGGUGGCGUGGGUGGCGUAGGCGGCGUGGGUGGUGUGGGCGGCACGGAGUACGUGGGCGGCGUGGGAAGCGUGGGCGGCGUGGUCGCUCCCGCACCUCCCUCCGCUCACCAUCUCGCUCUCACCAUCAACCAGCAACGGUUGCGGGCCGCGCCCUACGACAAUUUGUAUCAGUUAUAUCAAGGCGGUCGCGUGGCUGUGGGCGGCGGUCGUCAGUACGCCACGCGAGCCGCUGAACCGUUCCCGCAUCAAUUCGUCUCGUCGAUACUUUGCCAGCCUGCCUAUCAGGUGCAGCAGUUGGCAGCGGCUGCCGCGGCAGCUGCGGCUGCACAUCACCAGCAUGGCGUGGGCGGAGUGGGCGUGAGCGGCGUGGGUGUGCCCGAGCACGGCGUGGGCGUGGGUGUGGGCGUGGGCGAGUGGCGUGCCCCCCUCAUCGUUGAACCCGCGCCUCUGCCUGAACCUGACGUUUGGGACGCGUUCCAUCCGCACCAUCACCACCACACCCACAAGAGAUCGACCAAGCAGCAGGCUGGCGCUGUGCCGCACUAUCAGCCUCACCACCAAACGCAUCAAUACAGUAGUAUGGCGAGUAACAGCGGUAAGAAGGAGCCGACUCAACUCUCACCUGUUAAGAAACGAGUCAAAGAAGGAACACCUCCUUCGAGGCACAGGCAGCAUGACCAAUCGAACGGACGAAUAGUGAGCUCGAACAACGGUUGGGAUACGAACGCGGGCGUGGUGGCCGGCGGCAGCGGCGGCGGCAACAACUGCGGUGCCUCGCACACUAUCACCAUCCGCGAUACGCCCUCGCCCGCCGUCUCCGUCAUCACUAUAUCAGACUCUGACGAUGACGCUGAUCAACCUAGGCAGCAACAACAACAACAGCAACAACAUCAGCAACAACAUCAGCAACAACAGCAACAACAUCAGCAGCAACAUCAGCAGCAGCAGCAACAACAACACAACAACAGAGGUGAAUGUGGUCAAGUACAGGUGACGACUGCGCCCUCAGUACCGGCGGCGGUCAUCUGCAGCGCUCGCUCGCCGAGCGACAAGCACGUGAAGCACGAGCCCUGUCCCUUACACCACCAGCCACAGCAUCAACAACAGACUCCGCAACAACAACAGACUCAGCAGCAACAACAACAACAGCAACAGCAACAACAACAGCAACAACAACAACAGCAACAGCAACAACAGCAAGCACGUGCGCCCGUUCAGCCGCAGGCGACGCCGCAGAGUCAGAAGAAGCGAUUACUUGCGCUCGCUCAACAGGAAGCUCAGGCUAAACGAGAGCCGCACGCUGACCCGCCGCCACAUCACACAGUGAGCGGCGCGAGCGUGCGUCAGUCGAACGAGUACCAGUGUAAUCAGUACGUGCCCGCGCAACACAACAAAAGGGAUAGCAGCGGCGGUUGCCGUGAGUACAUGUCUGGCGGGGUGGUAUCGGGGCCGGGGGUGGGCGCGGUGGGGUCCGUGAGUGGGACAGUGGGCCCCCCCGCCGCUCACAAGCACCCCGCGCACGCGUGGCACCACCACCCACACACCCACUAUAAGACGGGAAGCGGUGGCGUUUUGUCGCCCGGUGGCGGCGUAUCACCCGGCUAUUUGCCGCCGCCAUUAUACGUGCCCACUUAUCAUUACCACACCGGCGGCGUGGGCGGAGUGGCCGGUCCACCGCCUGCUCAUCACGCGAGCGGUGCUCGACUGCCCGGCUACCUGCAGCCGUACUCGCCCACGUUCCUCGUGCAUCCCGCACAUCCCGCCCACCCCGCGCAUCCCGCCCAUCCCGCGCACCCUGCCCACCCCGCACACCCCGCUCAUCCUGCCCACCCUGCGCAGCAUCAGCAGCAUCUGUGGUAUACGGACUGA